GUGUGCGGGCGUCUCCGCCAUCUUGUGAGUCUAUAACUCCGAGCCGUUGGGUCGGUUCCUGCUAUUCCAGCGCCUCCGCUCCGUCCCCCGCGGGUCUGUUCUGUGUGCCAUGGACGGCAUCGUCCCAGACAUAGCAGUUGGUACAAAGGUGCCAGGGAGACCUUCCUGUCUGCCGGGUAGCCUGGUCGCCCAGCCCCAGGACCUCACCCCAGCUUGGCCUCCAAGGCUCUGCCCUCCAAGGCCCUGGCUGCCUGCAGCAGCCUGGUCCUGCGGGCCCCAGCGGGGAUCUGACGAGCUUUUUUCUACGUGUGUUACCAACGGACCCUUUAUCAUGAGCAGCAACUCUGCCUCUGCAGCCAAUGGAAACGACAGCAAGAAGUUCAAAGGGGACAACAGGAGUGCUGGGGUCCCCUCCAGAGUGAUCCAUGUCCGAAAGCUGCCUGGGGAUGUCACCGAGGGUGAGGUCAUCUCCUUGGGGCUGCCCUUCGGGAAGGUCACCAACCUCCUCAUGCUGAAGGGGAAGAACCAGGCCUUCAUUGAGAUGAACACGGAGGAGUCAGCCAACACCAUGGUUAACUACUAUACUUCAGUCACUCCGGUUCUCCGUGGCCAGCCCAUCUACAUCCAGUUUUCCAACCACAAGGAGCUCAAGACCGAUAGCUCUCCCAACCAAGCGCGGGCUCAAGCUGCCCUGCAGGCUGUGAACUCAGUCCAGUCAGGAAACCUGGCCCUGGCCGCCUCUGCUGCAGCUGUUGAUGCAGGGAUGGCUAUGGCAGGGCAGAGCCCUGUCCUCAGGAUCAUUGUAGAGAACCUCUUCUACCCUGUGACUCUGGACGUGCUGCACCAGAUCUUCUCCAAAUUCGGCACAGUUCUGAAAAUCAUCACAUUCACCAAAAACAACCAGUUUCAGGCGCUGCUGCAGUAUGCUGACCCCGUGAGUGCCCAACAUGCCAAGCUGUCCCUGGAUGGGCAGAACAUCUACAAUGCCUGCUGCACACUGAGAAUCGAUUUCUCCAAGCUCACCAGCCUCAAUGUCAAGUACAACAACGACAAGAGCCGUGACUAUACACGCCCAGACCUGCCCUCUGGUGACAGCCAGCCCUCGUUGGACCAGACCAUGGCUGCAGCCUUUGGUGCACCUGGUAUAAUCUCAGCCUCUCCGUAUGCAGGAGCUGGGUUCCCUCCCACCUUUGCCAUUCCACAAGCUGCAGGCCUUUCUGUCCCUAACGUACAUGGAGCCCUGGCCCCACUGGCCAUACCAUCAGCAGCUGCUGCAGCAGCCGCAGCAGGCCGCAUUGCCAUCCCAGGCCUCGCUGGUGCUGGGAACUCGGUCCUGCUGGUCAGCAACCUGAACCCCGAGAGAGUCACACCCCAAAGCCUCUUUAUUCUUUUCGGAGUCUAUGGUGAUGUGCAGCGGGUGAAGAUCCUGUUCAAUAAAAAGGAGAACGCACUGGUGCAGAUGGCCGACGGCAGCCAGGCUCAGCUGGCUAUGAGCCACCUGAAUGGGCACAAGCUGCAUGGGAAGCCUGUCCGCAUCACCCUGUCCAAGCACCAGAGCGUGCAGCUGCCCCGAGAGGGCCAGGAGGACCAGGGUCUCACCAAGGACUACGGCAACUCACCACUACACCGGUUCAAGAAGCCUGGCUCCAAGAAUUUCCAGAACAUCUUCCCACCCUCAGCUACCCUGCACCUCUCCAACAUCCCGCCCUCCAUAUCUGAGGAAGACCUCAAGAUCCUCUUCUCCAGCAAUGGGGGCGUCGUCAAGGGGUUCAAGUUCUUCCAGAAGGACCGCAAGAUGGCACUGAUCCAAAUGGGCUCUGUGGAGGAGGCAGUGCAGGCCCUCAUAGACCUGCACAACCAUGACCUGGGAGAGAACCACCACCUUCGAGUGUCCUUCUCCAAGUCCACCAUCUAGGUGCCUUGCCUGGGCUCCCUGGCGACAACUUCCACCAUUCCAGAAAAGCCACUUUAAAAAGCAGCUGAAGUGACCUUAACAGACCAGAGAUUUUAUUUUUUUAAAGAGAAAUCAGUUUACCUGUUUUUUAAAAAAUUAAAUCUAGUCCACCUUGCUGAUUUUCGGCUGCAGCAGCAGCAGCAGCAGGGUCCCUGCCUGCCCAGCCAGGCCCAGGGCCAUGUGUGCCUUGUAGGGCGUGAAGCUGCAGUGGGUACCCAGACCAACUGGCUUCUUGUGCCUUAGAAACCCGUCUGCCACGCACCAUUCACGCAUCGACCACAGGCACAUGGGCGACUGGCCUGGGCUCUUGCUGCAGGUGAACAAGGCAGCCACAGGCAGCCACGCCUUCCCUCACGAUCAUGUGUCCUAUGCUGGCAGGAAACAAGGCCAGCCAACCCCCACCUCUUAAUCAAGUGACAUAAUCAUCCCAAGUCCCCAGCUGCCCCCCCCCCCCAUAGCCCAGGGGCUCUGGCCUGUCCCUGCCUCCGCCAUGGAGCCUCUUCCUAACCUUUGUAUUAUACAUGGAUGCGGUCGCAGACAUAUCUGUGCCUAGCAAUAUUUCCAGUUGACCAAAUAUCCUAAUCCUUUUUCAUUUAUAUGCAAGAGACAUAGUUUUAAGUAACUUUUUAUAGCAAGAUGAUGCAAUGGUAUGAGUGUAAUCUAAGCUUCCUCCUUGUGGUAUUACUCGUAUGCUGUACUUCUACUCUUUGUAAUAAGUCACAGGCGGGAUCCAGGCUUCAGGAGCAGGCGGCUGCGGCUGGCUCGCGCAGGCGCAGGAAGCCCAAUCCUCAGCCCGGCUUCUUUCUGAGCCUCCAGUUGCCUUACCCACUCAACUUGUAAUCUGCCUUGGAAAACUCUUUAAAACUUUCAGGGUCUGUUUUUUUUUUUUUUCCUUCAAAUUUUGGACCAAAGUUUUGUUUCUUGUCUGCCUCUGAUGCUGAAGCCCCAGGUGCAGGACUCAAGUCCUGGUCUUAAAUGCUCUGCCCUGUGGCUCAACUUGUCCCCAGCAAGAGGGGUACCCUUGGGUCCUGAGGUUCCAUAAGUUCCAUAAAGGAGUGUAGCAAGGGUGUAAAUAUUUAUAAUUUUUUUAUACCUGUUGUAAGAUGCGGAGGCAGCACAUGCGGUUUUCUAUGGUGACAGAUGUAUAUUUUGAUACCAGCGAUUACAGGCUCAGUAUUGCCUGUGGAGCCAGCACUGGCCACAGUACAUUCCACUCCCGUCCCAGAUGGCUUGUAAUGCGGAAAGAGCUCAAUUAAACCGUUUUAUAACAAACCUGUGCCUUCCCCGUAGCCCUUUCUUGCUGUUGACGCUGUAGAAGGCAGCUGCCUGCCCUCUGUACCUGGACUUGGAAUAAACUCCUGUGUCCUGA